AUGCCUGCACAGAAGCAAAUCACGAAGCCCGAGGAGGCUGGCGAGUCAUCUACAUCAGCAGCAAAGAAGGCGCUGACUGCUGCCUCUAAUGGCGUCUCUAAUUACGAGCUUCCUUGGGUCGAGAAGUACCGCCCCGUUUUUCUCGACGAUGUUGUCGGAAACACAGAAACGAUAGACCGGCUGAAGAUCAUUGCAAAGGAGGGAAACAUGCCGCACGUCAUCAUCUCGGGUAUGCCUGGUAUUGGAAAGACGACGAGUGUGCUCUGCCUUGCCAGACAGCUACUGGGAGAAUCAUACAAAGAGGCCGUGUUGGAGCUAAACGCAAGUGACGAAAGAGGAAUCGACGUCGUCCGCAACCGCAUCAAGGGCUUUGCCCAGAAAAAGGUCACCCUUCCUCAGGGCCGACACAAGCUCGUUAUCCUCGACGAGGCCGACAGCAUGACAUCAGGCGCGCAGCAGGCCCUUCGCCGAACUAUGGAAAUCUACUCCAACACGACCCGUUUCGCCUUCGCUUGCAACCAGUCCAACAAGAUCAUCGAGCCGCUGCAGUCUCGUUGCGCCAUCUUGCGAUACGCUCGUCUGACCGAUGAGCAGGUCGUCAAGCGUCUUCUUCAGAUUAUUGAGGCCGAGAAGGUGGAGUACAGUGACGAUGGUUUGGCAGCGCUGGUCUUCAGUGCCGAGGGUGACAUGCGACAAGCCAUCAACAACCUACAGUCGACCUUUGCCGGUUUCGGGUUUGUAUCUGGCGACAAUGUCUUUAAGGUCGUGGAUUCACCGCAUCCUAUCAAGGUGCAGGCCAUGCUCAAGGCUUGCUACGAAGGCAACGUUGACUCGGCUCUGGACAGCCUCAGGGAGUUGUGGGAUCUGGGAUACUCGAGCCACGACAUUAUCAGCACCAUGUUCAAGGUUACCAAGACGAUCCCCACUCUCAGCGAGCACUCCAAACUCGAGUUUAUCAAGGAGAUUGGUUUCACUCAUAUGAAGAUUCUAGAGGGUGUACAGACGCUGCUGCAGCUGAGCGGCUGCGUGGCGAGACUCUGCAAGAUUAACAUGGACCCGAAGAAGUUUCAAGUGCCGUCAAAAUAA